CUCUCUCUCUCUCUCUCUCUCUCUCUCUCUCUCUCUCUCUCUCUCUCUCUCUCACUAUCAUCAUUCGGCUGGGCUUGCUCGACCGCUACUCGCUCUCGCUCCGGCUUCGGGUUUCAUGGACGGGUUCGGAUCCUACGGCGGCGGCGACAGGAGGAUGGAGAUCGUGAGCGGGAAGGGGCUCGGCGCGUGCCACCAGGCAUACUCGCCGACCCAACACCCGCCGCCGCCGCAGACGAUCCCGGCUCGGGAGAGCUGGUCGGGUCACCGAGGCGCCGCUGCUGCGGCGGCGGCGGCGGCUAAGCCGUGGGGGUUCACGGACCCGGAGGUGAAGCGGAAGAAGAGGAUCGCCAGGUACAAGGCGUACACCGUGGAGGGUAGAGUGAAGGCGUCGCUGAGGAGAGGGUUCCAGUGGGUCAAGAACAAGUGCUCCCAGAUCGUGCACGGCUACUGAGCCGUUGCGAUCGCGACACGUGUGUGAGUCCUUCUUUUCCCCACUCCUCCCCUCCAAUUUCCGUUUUGCCUUUUCCUUUUCUUUUCUUUCGUUUCUUUUCUCUGGGGGGGGGGCGAAAUUGAUCUGGUGCCGUUGGUGAUGACGGUGGUGACGGCGGAGCUAACACGACAGGCGUAGAUUAGGGCGACUUUCGUUGACAAAAGAUAUAUAAUUUCGUUUUUCUUUUCCU